GUUUUGCUACAUUUUGCAUCACUUGGUGAAAUAACUUCUUGAAGCAAAGCAAAAAUGGCCAAGUUUCUACACUUUCUCCUUUUAUACAUUGUGGUAACAAUGUUACUAUAUUCAUCUCAAGCCCAAAACUCCCAGCAAGACUAUCUAGACGCCCACAACGCUGCACGUGCCCAAGUCGGGGUUGGACCUAUGACAUGGGACGAUAAUGUAGCAACCUUCGCACAAAACUAUGCCAAUCAAAGGAUUGGUGACUGCAAUCUCAUCCACUCUAGCAACCGACCCUAUGGAGAGAACCUUGCAAAGGGUAGUGGAGAUUUUACUGGCCGGGCGGCAGUGGACUUGUGGGUGGCUGAGAAGGGCAAUUAUGACCCAAGCUCAAAUUCUUGCAUUGGAGGAGAGUGCCUCCAUUACACACAAGUAGUGUGGCGUAACUCAGUACGCCUUGGAUGCGCUAGAGUCCAAUGCAAUGAUGGAUGGUGGUUUGUUUCUUGCAACUAUGAUCCCCCCGGCAAUAUUGUUGGCCAACACCCUUACUAAGGCUAUUGUUGGUAAACUGAGAUAAAAAAGAUUGAAUAGGAUAGUCAAUUAUCCUGUUCAAUCAUAUUUAUCAAUUUCAAAAACCACGUAACACAAAUAUGAUAUCGUAGUUCGUAACUCUACUUUCAAUAAUGAUAAAGUUAAAUAAUUGUACGGGUUGCGGAAAUAAUAAUUGCGUGUCCUGUGUAUCUCAAAAUCCUGAAGUUUAUUCAUAUAAAUUAUAUUGUAAUAUUAUCCUUGGAUAUGGAAUGAAUAAAUGUAUUUGCUUCCAUUUUUA